AUGAACACAGACCCAAUUACUGAUGUGGCUUUCGCCUUGAACAGGGUGGGCUGGGGCACUCUUUGUGUCGCUGGCGGCGGAGCCUACUACUUCGCAAAACAAUCCAUCAACGCCGACCGCCAAUCCCGAUUUGAUGCCGAGAUCAAGCGCAAGGCCCAGAUGAAAGCAAUGGAAGAUGAACACAAGCGCCAGGCCCUGUCCGCGUCCGGGCCUACCCCAGGCAACGACGCCAGCCUAAAGCGAGCGAACAUGACCCGGUUCCAGAAUGCCGCCGACGACGUCGCCUCUCCCAGUGCCGAAGCUUCUCAUGACCCCGCGCCCACCCGCCAUGAACCCUUGACCGAGGCCGACCGUGUCCUAGAGAAGGGCAAAUACGAAACGUCGACACCAUACCGACCUCCAACUGGGAACCGGUUUAGCUAAGCGGCUGGCCGCAUUGUACAUUCUGAUAUCGAACCAAAAUAGAGUGGUGGUGUACUUGAUAAGGAUAUACUGAGGUUGGCUUCAACUUCCUGUGCUAUGUUUGGUUUGUUGCUCAAUGCUAGCAUGUAUAUUACUCGAGCUUCGUUAUUUCAUUAAGGAAUGGAU